CGAUGGCGUGUGUAAUAGAGUGAUUACGGCAAGGUGUCUGUUGCUUCUUAUUCUCCAGUUAGACUUGCUUCUAUGAUUUUGUUGUUCCAGACAGGUUAGAACAGGUGAUAUCGUGAGUGACAUUAGACUUUUCACUGUUAAAAUGGCUCUACGCGUUUGCAGUACUUUUCUGCGUUCUUACUCGACCCACGGCAAGUCAGUUCUCAGUGGGCUCUCAUCAGUCCGAUUCAGAAGUUCCUGUCCAGUUCACAUUAGUCAUCUGGACCACCUGGUGCUCACUGUUCGGGACCUGAACAAAACCACUCAUUUUUACUCCACGGUUUUGGGAAUGGAAGUCGUCACUUUUAAGGGUGACCGUAAAGCUUUGAGUUUUGGAGAGCAAAAAAUCAACCUGCAUCAGGUUGGGAAGGAGUUUGAGCCUAAAGCCAAUGCCCCAACACCAGGAUCUGCUGACUUGUGCCUUAUCACCAAAACCCCUCUGACAACUGUUGCUUCCCAUCUCAAGGCAUGUGGAGUGAAAAUAGAGGAGGGCCCAGUUGACAGGACUGGCGCUGUGGGUCCCAUCAGUUCCCUCUAUUUUCGUGACCCUGACCACAACUUGAUUGAAGUGUCCAAUUACCAACAAUAGACAGAAGGAGGCGCUGUAUCAUUGCCUGAAGAUGAAUAUAAAUCGCUCUGUAAUUUGAUGUUUUAAUAAAUGUAUUAAAUAACUCUCACUUA